ACCCCCCACCCCCUAGGGGGCGGGACCGACGGGUUGGGCCCUCUAGCGGGCCCCUCCUCCCUCACGCCGCGACCUCCGACUCGAGGGGAGGGGCCCGGAGGAGACUGGCGGCUCUUUCCUCGUUUGAGGGCGCUACGUCCUUCUCAUUGGCUGACCGGCGUUCCUCCGGUCGCUCAUUUUUUCCGUCAUAGACGCAGCGCGAUGACGUAGCACCCCCGACAUUCCACGUCCAAGAUGGCCGCAGUCGGCAAGGAGAGACGUCGCUAAGGGGCUUACCUCGGGCAAGGGGAUUCUAACAUUUUUCCGAAAGUCUUUUGGAAGGAACAAGUCUACUUCAAUAAAUGAAGGAGAAUAAAGAAAAUUCAAGCCCUUCAGUAACCUCAGCAAACCUGGACCACACAAAACCAUGUUGGUACUGGGAUAAAAAAGACUUGGCUCAUACACCGUCACAGCUAGAAGGACUUGAUCCGGCCACUGAGGCCCGGUACCGCCGAGAAGGGGCGCGGUUCAUCUUUGAUGUGGGCACACGUUUGGGACUACACUAUGACACCCUGGCAACUGGAAUAAUUUAUUUUCAUCGGUUCUAUAUGUUCCAUUCCUUCAAGCAGUUUCCAAGAUAUGUAACAGGAGCUUGUUGUCUCUUUCUGGCUGGGAAAGUAGAAGAAACACCAAAAAAAUGUAAAGAUAUCAUCAAAACAGCACGGAGUUUAUUAAAUGAUGUGCAGUUUGGCCAGUUUGGAGAUGACCCAAAGGAAGAAGUAAUGGUUCUGGAGAGAAUCUUACUGCAGACCAUAAAGUUUGAUUUACAGGUAGAACAUCCGUACCAAUUCCUACUCAAGUAUGCAAAACAACUCAAAGGUGACAAAAACAAAAUCCAAAAAUUGGUUCAAAUGGCAUGGACAUUCGUCAAUGACAGUCUCUGCACGACCUUGUCACUACAGUGGGAACCGGAGAUCAUAGCAGUGGCAGUGAUGUAUCUUGCGGGACGUUUGUGCAAAUUUGAAAUACAGGAAUGGACCUCCAAACCCAUGUACAGGAGAUGGUGGGAGCAGUUCGUGCAAGACGUCCCUGUGGAUGUUUUGGAAGACAUUUGCCACCAAAUCCUGGAUCUGUACUCACAAGGGAAACAACAGAUGCCUCAUCACACCCCCCACCAGCUGCAGCAGCCCCCAUCUCUCCAGCCUACACCACAAGUGCCACCAGUGCCACCGUCACAGCCGCCUCCAGGCCCCGAGCCGCCCCAGCCCCCGCAGAAGGACUCACAGCAGCCGGCCCAACAGCCACCGCCGCCGCCCGCCCAGCCACCCAAGAAACCAUCCCCGCAGCCUAGUCCCCCCCGGCAGGCGAAGCGAGCCGUGGUUGUUUCUCCCAAAGAAGAGAACAAAGCAGCAGAACCACCACCACCUAAAAUUCCCAAAAUCGAGCCCACUCACCCUCCAUUGCCUCCAGCCCAUCCGCCUCCAGAUCGGAAGCCACCCCUCGCAGCCGCCUUGAGUGAGGCCGAGCCACCAGGCCCCGUGGAAGCCAGUGACCUCCCCAAGGUCCAGAUCCCUCCUCCGGCCCACCCGGCGCCCGUGCACCAGCCUCCACCGCUACCGCACCGGCCGCCACCGCCGCCGCCCUCCAGCUACAUGACGGGGAUGUCCACCAGCAGCUCCUACAUGUCCGGGGAGGGCUACCAGAGCCUGCAGUCCAUGAUGAAGACCGAGGGCCCCUCCUACGGGGCGCUGCCCCCCGCCUACGGCCCGCCGGCCCACUUGCCCUACCACCCCCACGUCUACCCACCCAACCCACCCCCGCCGCCUGUGCCCCCGCCCCCCACCUCCUUCCCGCCACCUGCCAUCCCUCCCCCAACUCCUGGCUACCCCCCGCCCCCGCCCACCUACAACCCCAACUUCCCACCCCCGCCCCCUCGCCUGCCCCCCACCCACGCGGUCCCGCCGCACCCGCCCCCAGGCCUGGGCCUGCCGCCGGCCAGCUACCCACCCCCGGCAGUGCCCCCGGGGGGACAGCCCCCUGUGCCCCCGCCCAUCCCCCCACCCGGCAUGCCUCCUGUCGGGGGGCUGGGGCGGGCAGCCUGGAUGAGAUAACCUUUGACGCCUCUCUUUUCCUUUGUUGUUUUUUUUAAAAGUUUUUCUAAUCAACUUGAAAAGUAGUUUAAGUGGGUAAGCAGCAGGGUACCUCGAAUAAUCUGGACAGUUGCAGUGUGGGAAGAAGUGGAUAGGACCCCGGAGAUGAAAUCAGAGUGCUCCUGCGCACCUGGAGAGUGGACACAGCAGCCCUCGGGGGGCCCAGGCCGCCGGCUGUGACGCCGCCGCCUCUCUGGUCUCAGCCGCGUCCUCGGGCCCUGCACUGGGUUGCUUCACACUGGAGAGGAUGUUCACCAGCCAUGCUGGUCCAACGCGCAGCUUCGGUGAGGAGCGCGUUUCCUUCUGGAAACUCAGUUCUCAGUCGUCCAGUUCCCUCUGAAGUCAAGCUCUUGUCAUUGCUGUCAUUCACUGUGUUCCCGCUGUGGCUCCCAGGCCAGAUGAACGGCUGUUUCAUUUAGAGAGGACCCACACCCUUUGUGUUGAAGUUACUCGGAAGGGGUUGCCUUGCUUGGAUGACUCUCUUCUUUUUCCUCCAGGGAGAAAGGGAGAGAUGUUCUUGGAAGUAAUGUAUGUUUACAUCAAUUUGCAAAUUCCUAUACAUAGAGAUAUAUUUUUUAAGUGUGAAUGUAACAACAUACUGUGAAUUCCAUCUUGGUUACAAACGAGACUCCUUCAGUCAGUUACCCAAAUAAAAUCAGUUCUGAAAUGGC